UGCGUGAUUUCACAAGUGUUUGGUUUGGAUGCGACUACAAACCACAGACAUACACACACACAUACACAUAUUACUGCACAUCAGCAUUGAUCCCGCUCAGUUAGCCUCGCCGCGGCUGUCCAGUGUUUUAAUGAGAUCAAUCCGCGUUAUUAAUUAGCCGGUUGCAUCAGAGGGGAAGCCUGCGCGUUUCUACCGGACUGGACCGCAUCAUCUCUGCACAAUGAGGAAGGCUGCGCUGCUGCUGAUCGUGCUGCUCGGCGUUGCACAUUUCGCCACAGUCGUCAGGUGUGAGGAUGAUGCUGCAGAAGACAAGGAGGAAGAGACUGAUGAUGAAGACAGUGAUGACGAGGAGGAGGAGGAUGAUGACGAUGGGACAGAGGUGAAGGAGGAGAAUGGAGUGCUGGUCCUCACUGAUGACAACUUUGAGACUUUCAUGGAGGACAAGGACACGGUUCUGGUGGAGUUUUAUGCUCCAUGGUGUGGUCACUGUAAACAGUUUGCCCCAGAGUAUGAGAAAAUUGCCCAGUCUCUGAAGGAGAAUGACCCUCCUAUACCUGUGGCCAAGGUGGACGCAACUAAGGCCACAGAUUUGGCGAGCAGGUUCGAGGUGUCGGGCUAUCCCACCAUCAAGAUCCUGAAGAAGGGGGAGCCUGUGGAAUAUGAUGGAGACAGGACAGAGAAAGCCAUUGUGGCCCGGGUGAAGGAGGUGGCCCAGCCAGAUUGGAAGCCCCCUCCCGAGGCCACGCUGGUUCUGACCAAGGACAACUUCGAUGAGACCGUGAACAACGCCGACAUCAUCCUGGUGGAGUUCUACGCUCCAUGGUGUGGACACUGUAAGCGCCUGGCUCCUGAGUAUGAGAAGGCAGCCAAAGAGCUGAGCCAGCGCACUCCUCCCAUUCCUCUAGCCAAGGUGGACGCCACCGUUGAGAGUGAGAUCGCCACACGCUUCGAAGUCUCCGGCUAUCCCACCCUCAAGAUAUUCAGGAAGGGCAAGGCUUUCGAAUACAAUGGACCCAGAGAGAAAUACGGCAUUGUUGACUAUAUGAGUGAGCAGGCCGGGCCUCCCUCCAAGCAGGUCCAGACAGUAAAACAGGUGCAGGAGCUCAUCAAGGAUGGGGAUGAUGCCGUCAUAGUUGGUGUGUUUUCCAGCGAGCAGGAUGCCGCCUUCGAGAUCUACAUUGAGGCCUGUAAUGCGCUGAGGGAAGACUUCACCUUCCGUCACUCCUUCAGCUCAGAUGUGGCCAAACUGCUCAAGGCCUCCCCCGGGCAGCUUGUCGUGGUGCAGCCUGAAAAGUUUCGCUCUAAAUAUGAGCCAGCGUCUCACACACUCACUGUGAAGGACUCCACGCCUGUGUCAGAUGUGCAGGAGUUCUUUAAAAAGCAUGUGGUUCCUCUGGUGGGCCACAGGAAGCCCAGUAAUGACCCCAAGCGCUACGCCAAAAGACCUCUGGUAGUUGUGUAUUAUGGAGUUGACUUCAGCUUCGACUACAGGGCAGCUACUCAGUUCUGGAGGUCCAAGGUGCUAGAAGUGGCCAAAGAUUACCCAGAGUACACCUUUGCCAUCGCCGAUGAGGAGGACUACUCGGACGAGUUGAAGAGCCUGGGCCUGAGCGAGAGUGGUGAGGAGGUCAAUGUGGCAAUCCUGGGAGACGGAGGCAAAAAGUUUGCCAUGGAGCCUGAGGAGUUCGACUCGGAGGUGCUGAGGGACUUCGUUAUGGCCUUCAAGAAAGGCAAGCUCAAGCCCAUCAUCAAGUCCCAGCCUGUGCCAAAGAACAAAGGACCGGUGAAGGUGGUGGUGGGGAAAACCUUUGACGAGAUCGUCAUGGAUACCAAGAAGGACGUCCUGAUUGAGUUCUACGCUCCGUGGUGUGGACACUGUAAGAAACUGGAGCCCGACUACCUGGCUCUGGCCAAGAAGUACAAGGGCGAGAAGAACAUGGUGAUCGCCAAGAUGGACGCCACUGCCAACGACGUGCCAAACGACAGCUACAAAGUGGAGGGCUUCCCCACGAUAUACUUUGCACCAAGCAACAGCAAGCACAGCCCGGUCAAAUUUGAGGGCGGGGACAGAACAGUAGAAGGGCUCAGUAAGUUUUUGGAAAAGCACGCCACAAAGCUAUCACAGAAGAGAGACGAACUUUGAGGAUGCCUCUCUUGCUGAGAGGCUGAGAACUCUUACUGUUCUAGCGCAGUCUUCUGGGAAGCUGAACGGAGCGCAAUACAGGGGAAAAGGGGUUGUUACUGAGUUGCUGUGAUUACAGUGUUCAAUCAUUGUUUUAGUUUCUGUUGAUACCAAGAGAUUAUGCUUUCUUCAUUUCCAAAAGCAUGUACGCACUAUUGGAGGUUUAAGUCUUUUUAAAUAAAACAUAAAAAUGAUGGUGGCUUUUUGGCCAGCACUGACA